GACAUUUCAUAAUAUUUUGACAUAUAAUUUUGAAAUUUUUCGUUCACAAAUUCAUUGUAACGUGCCAAUAAAUUCGUCGAAAAAAGGAAUAAUGGACACAAAUUAAAUGAUGCCCUAUGAGCCCAAUGAAUCACCAGAAGCCAGCAUCAGCACUCAAUCCAGCUCAGACCAAUAUCUAGAUAGAUACCCGUACAAAAAGCCUAAAAUACCAGCUCUGACCGAACGGUGGAUAAAACGCAUAGAGAAAGCUAAAAUAAAAUUAGAAUGGCAAAAAGAUUAUCAAAAACGUCACGAUAAGAGAAUAGCAAUGAGCAAGCACCCGCGACCAUGCCUGGAAUGGUACGAGCCCAAAAAGAAGAAAAAACCGCUGCCUCCGUUGGAUUGCGGCCAGCCGUCCAAGCCCAAGCCGCCCAGGCCGCCGCCGAUGGAAGAAUGCUGGCAAACGCCCAAGCCCAAGAAACCCAAGCCUCCGCGCGUCGACGAGUGCGGGCAAAUCAUCAGGCCCAGACGCAAGCCGGCCAAGAAGCCCGCCACCGGCUCCACGUCCACCAAAAGCUCCGCCUCCACGUCGGCUCGCAAGCCCAAGCGGCAGGAAUGGGUGCCGCCUAACCGCGGCAAAUGCUACCCGCCGGCGCCAGACCCCAAACCGAAGGUGAGGUACUGCGCCAAGGAGAACCCCUGCUGCAGCAAGCUGGAGGGCAGGCCGCCGCCGAUCAUCAAAAAGGUGGAGAACUACCCGAAGAUACCGGUACCUCCGGAUCCGCCUCUGCCCGACAACGUUUACUACUGCAAGGCGCAGCUCCACUGCGACACCCCCGACGAGGAUUUCAGGGACGUGCAGAAGGGGACGAAAACGAAGAGGAUAUGCAUGCACGGGGCUGCGAGGUACCGUCCCCCUAAAAAGGGCCCUCCGAAUUGUUAA